AUGGCGCCUCUACUGAUGCUCUACGUGCUUAUUAUCCUCAGCCUUGUCGGCGCGGCCAUCUACCAACAUGUAACCACGACAGCCCUCUCGCUACCGAUCCCACCCGCUCUCACAAUCCUCGCCAUCCUCCUUCCCAUCCUCUCUGCCAUGACCACCUUUACCCUGCCCCAGUUACGCCGGGCCCUCCUCCUCCCGCAAACCCGCUCCAACCAUCCCCGCACGGCCUCCAUGUCCCGACUGCUUCUCCCCGCCGCACACAUCCUCCAGAUGAUCCUCACGACGGUGCUGGCAACCCUCUUCUCGACCCCGCUCGCCGGGCAAACGACACCAAGCUGCCUGCUCACGCAGCAGUGGACGUCGCUGUACAGAGCCCACUCGGCGGCGCCCAUCCGCGCCAUCCAGGACGCCCUCGCCUGCUGCGGCCUGCGCACCACGCGCGACAUGGCCUGGCCCUUCCCCGGCGGCCAAGAUCACAUCCCUCCGGGAGCCUGUGAAGCACAGUUUGGCCGCCACAUGCCCUGCCUCCCGGUCUGGCAGGACGCGCUGGAUAGGAUGGCGGGUGGAGAGGUUGGGGUUGUGGUUGCUGUUGGGGUGAUGCAGGUCCUUGGCUGGCUUUGGGUGUUUACUGCGAAUACUAGUAGGGAUAAUAGGGGAGGGUUGGGGGCCGGGUUUGUGGAGAGGUGGUGGCGUGGGUUGUCUGGAGGGGGUGGAAGGGCGGGGCACGGUGACGAGGCCAGGAGGGCGUUGUUACCUGCUGCAAGGGAAGUUGAGGCUACGGGUGGUGCGAUGGGAGGAGAUGAUAGAGGGUAUCAUCAGGAGGAGGAGGAGGAGGAGGAGGAGGUGCAGAGCCACGACGGAGAGGGUGAGCAGCGGGGAGCAGCGGGUGGUGGGUAUGGUACGGUUAGAGGGACUGGGCCGAGGGUUGAGCCGGCGCAUCAUGAUCCUUGGGCUGGCGUCGAGCGGGCGUAAACGUUUCGAGUUCCAACAUUCGGUUCUCUCUUCGAAAGCCAGCUUCCAGAGCCACCAAAAUCCCAGUAACUAGGUAGGCAGCGAAGUGUUGUCCUACAGGGAGAACCAAAGGGGUGAAUAGGUUUCAUAGGGAUGUUUUACUUUCAGACUUGAAAGACCACGCACCACAAGCAGCAUCUUGAGCUAUUAGAGUGACUGGAGAGGAAAAUGUUCGUAGGGUACAGAGUUUGCUGCCAGUGCUGUUUACAAAGAGCCCUACGAGUCUCGUCUAUCAUUCGGUCGUGAA